GCUCGAUGCAACAGCGUUGUGCGAGAAGAUAGCUGUGCGUGAACUGAGCUCAGUCGACGUCGUCAGCGCGUUUGGGAAGCGUGCAGCCAUCGCGCAUCAGGUAACGGGGUGCUUGACGGACUUCUUCCCUGAAGAGGGCAUCGCACGAGCUCGCGAGCUAGAUGAGCACCUGGAGAAGGAAGGGGAAGUCGUAGGUCCGUUGCAUGGCCUGCCAAUAUCCAUUAAGGACCUCAUACCUAUCAAAGGUCGAUGGGGUAGCGGUGGCUACUUGAGCAGCACAAGGAUCUCAGAGAAGGACUGCGAUUUGACGAUAAUCCUGCGCCGACUCGGAGCCGUAUUCUACGUGAAAACAAAUCAACCACAGACUAUUAUGCACUUAGAGUGCCAAUCUUGCUAUGCACGUACCCUGAAUCCAUACAAUACCAACCUGACUCCCGGUGGUUCGUCUGGAGGGGAAGCGGCGCUUGUGGCAAUGAAAGGAUCGCCCAUGGGCAUAGGAACUAAGGUUGCAGAGACGGAGGUGGAUCUAUCAGAGCUCCUGCGCCCACUGCGGAGGCCUGGUUCAGACGCUAUUCUGCCCGCCACCGGCCCCAUAUGCAACUCAGCGCGCGACAUGCGCCUCCUUCUCUCCGCGGUCCUAUCGGCUCGCCCAGCGAGCAUAGAUCCGAGUUUCUUUCCCGUGAAUCUGGUGAUUCCGGACCUUGGCCAAGCGCUCGGACGAAGGCUGAAGGUGGGGCUUAUGAUACACGACGGUGUCGUACUGCCGCAUCCACCGAUGCUCAGGGCAUUGGAGAUGGCCAGGGAGAGACUGAAGGCGUCGGAUACCGUCGACCUGGUGGAAUACGUGCCAUUCGAGCAUGCCCACGGGUACACUCUUGCCGUGC